AUGCGGCACAUGCAGAGGAUAGCUGCACCGUUCUUUGAGGGCGGAUUUUGGCCGGGGGAGGCCGACGAGUGGCGUUUGAGACUGGAACGGAAUUUUUGGUCUAUCAGAUGCCCAAUGGAGUAUCAGAUUGUGUUGGCAGUCCACUAUCUAAGUGGUGACGCGCAUUUGUGGUGGCCGGCGAUUGAGGGGGAGGAGAGCAGUGUGGACUUGGGGAAAAUUCCUAGCGGUUUUCAACGCAUGUACGUUUUAAGAGCAGCCUUUGUGGAGUUGGCGUCUUCGAUCGAGGAGGAUCAGUGCGAGCAGGUUGGUGCGGUAGCUGUGCCGUAUGCAAUUGCUCUUGCUAUCCAUCCUAGGAGUCAGCAUCAGCAGCCGCAGCAAUGCAGAGGAUCUGCUUCUGACAAAGGCGGCAAACCUGUGCAGGGCUAG